AUGUCGCCGCAACCUCAGAAAAGAGAAAUCAAAUUCAGCACUUUGCUGUUGGGAGGUGGUUUGAACAUGUUCGAGGUCACAUCAUUAGGACAGCCCCUCGAAGUGAUUAAAACAACAAUGGCAGCAAAUCGUGGCGACUCAUUCGCUGCUUCAUUAAAGAGAAUUUGGGCCCGCGGUGGAUUUCUUGGAUUCUACCAAGGCUUGAUCCCCUGGGCCUGGAUCGAAGCCUCAUCCAAAGGUGCUGUCCUACUCUUUGUCGCGAGUGAGACAGACUACGGCAUGAAAAGACUAGGAUUCAGCAGCUUUGGAGCAGGCAUCACCAGUGGCAUGGUGGGUGGUCUGGCACAGGCAUACGCAACGGUCGGAUUCUGUACAUGCAUGAAGACAGCCGAAAUCACCAAGCACAAAGUCGCAGAGGCUGGUGGAAAGCCCCCAUCCACUUGGAAUACGUUCAUGAACAUCUACCAGAAGGAAGGAAUCCGGGGGAUAAACAAAGGAGUCAAUGCGGUCGCUAUUCGACAAGUCACCAACUGGGGGUCACGAUUUGGAUUGUCCAGACUGGCAGAAAAUGCCAUUCGCUCCGUGACUGGGAAACAGGAUACACAGACACAGAAGUUGAAUCCAUUUGAGAAGAUCCUCGCAUCUGGUUUGGGCGGCGGACUGUCUGCGUGGAAUCAGCCGAUCGAAGUGGUGCGAGUGGAAAUGCAGAGUUUAAAGGCAGACCCAAGUCGACCGAAGAACAUGAAUAUGCUGUCUGCUGUGAAGUAUAUCUAUAACCAGAAUGGCAUUGGGGGGCUAUACCGCGGUGUGACCCCUCGGAUUGGAUUGGGGAUUUGGCAGACAGUAUGCAUGGUUGCACUGGGUGAUAUGGCCAAGGAGGCUGCAGAUAGGUUCACCGGUGGGAGAUAG